GCUUAAGCUUUCCAGAUACACCAGUAGUGUCUUCUAUCAGUCGUCGACCUCACUCUGACCCACUCGAAUCCGCCCUCCACUCGGCAUCAGUUUCAUUUUCGUCAUAAACUCUCAAAAAUGCUAUUCCUCGGCAUUCUCCUGGCUGCCGCCUCCCUCUCCUCUAUUGUUCUCGCCGCCCCAGCCAAGCGUGAUCUUGACAGCAUAGUUCUACCAGAAAGUACUCUCCCGGCUCCCGCCAGUGGUCUCAAGCUCAAGUACAUCAUACUUGGUGUCGGCACUCAGAACUACACUUGCGCAGAUGGCGCUGCAGGAACCCUCGCCACUGCCGUCGGUGCCGUUGCUACUCUUUACGACAUGUCCAGCGUUGCCAACGACCCCUUCUCCAAGGAGAAGAUCCAAUGCACUCCUCCCGUCGCCCUUGGCGCCUACACCAUGGGCCAGAAUGUCCUCGAUGGAUACGUCAAAGUUGCUGGCUAUGCGAACGUCAUCGGCAAGCACUUUUUUGACGCUUCGGGUGUCCCAACGUUCGAACUCAGUGGUGCCAGCGUCAGUCCUAAGCCGCUCGUCAAGGCUGCCAAGAAGGCGAACGUGGCUGCUCCCGCGGGUGCUUUCGCUGGGAUGCCACCUAAUGGUGCCGUCGACUGGCUUUACCUUGCAGACAAUGGCAACAGUGUCGGCUUGACGGCUGUGUACCGUGUUGAGACUGCGGGCGGCAAGGCCAACAGCUGCGAGAAUAAGCCUGGCGCCCAGGAAGUCAAGUACGCGACCGAGUAUUGGAUGUAUGGUUGAACCUUCACCUCAGCUCUCGUCUCUCCACCUUGCCCUAGACGAAUCACGGCGGCUACGACAGCAUGCACUUUUAGAUGUUUGAAACAACACAGCGUCCCUUGGACGCAUAGCUUCUCCUCUCCCUUUAUGUAUAUACCCUACCCUACCCUUCAGGGUCACGGUC